CUAAAAGUGGCUGCGAAAGCUAUGCCGCUGAGAGCAAGAGACGCGAUCAAGGGUUCACCGUCACCCUGGAAUGUAUUGGUUAUGACCCCCAGACAGGCGACAACCAGUGCCAGUAAGCUCCAGGUCUCAUUGCGGGUGAGGGUACCCUUCAUCUUAAAAAGAAACAGCUAACACGCUCCACGAAAUCAUGAAUAAAUCCAAACCGCGCCGGACCGCGGGGAAUCCCAAACGCAUCAUUGAGUUGUAACAAGUAAACAAACCAUAACCUUCUGCCACCUGUCAUCACGGUGGCCACUUCGUGUGUGGAUUCGGUAGAGAUGCUUGGACAUAUUAUGCCGCCUGUCACCGCCUUACUAGUGGAAUAUUUCCACAACAAGGUUAUCGUAAGCUUUCCAUUCACGUGAUAUCCAAACGUCAUUUAUAUAGAUGGGCGGAUGCAGCCGCUGGUCGGCUGAAGAUAUAGGACGCAGUAACCCGGAGGGACAAGAGGGACAAGAGGGACAAUUGCCCACUGCGACUGUGAAUAUCUGCGAUAUGACUGCUUUUACUGACUUUGAUGCUGGCCACCGCGAUCUGGUAACAGUCACGAAGUUCAACUUCUACGGCAACCGCAUCCUAACCGCGUCUUCCGAUCAUCGGAUCAAGAUCUGGGAUCAAAAGGAUGAAGGCUGGGAGCUUAUAGAUACAUGGCGCGCCCAUGAUGCGGAGAUUCGCGACGCAGCAUGGAAUGGCCCUUUUACGGGCCAGCAUAUCGGGAGUGUAGGGGAGGAUAUGAGGUUCAAGAUCUGGCAGGAGGACGUUACCCAGCCUCCAAAUUCCGGACGCCGUUUUCGGAAUAUCUUUCGCCUUACGUCCCCCGUUCGCGCUCCUUAUGUCUCGCUCGACUUCCGUAAUAUUGCCCUCGAUUCUUACCUCGCCCUGAUCACACGCGAUGGACUUCUCACCGUUCUCGAGCCUGUCAGCCCUGAUAGUUUGGCAGAAUGGCAACAGGUCGAUCAGUUCAGGGUCUGCACAGAACCGUCCCGCGGUGAGGAAACCAGCUUCAAAGUACAAUUCUACCAUGACCCCAUGGAUAUCACGCAAAUUAUUUUGCCCGGCUGGGAUAGCAAGUGCCUGUCCCUCGUCGUCGCGGCCAUGGAUACCGUGAAAAUCUAUCGGACAGAUGCGAACCGGCGAUUUUAUCAUGCCAUAGAGCUUGGAGGGCAUGGCGGCUUGGUGCGCGAUAUAUCAUGGGCUAACGGUUCCGUGCGCGGUUGCGACUUGAUUGCUAGCGGGUCGAAAGACGGCGUGGUGAAAGUAUUUGAAGUCUACACGGCCGUGACCAAUUCUACAAAUAACCCAGCGAACGGUAAUAGCCGGCAGGCAGUUGUUUCGUCUCAUUCAUCUACUAGUCGUGCAUCUACUCCGUCAGGUAUUGGUACGGCUCUUGCCAACCGCUCACCUGCUCCGCUGAUGAAUCGACAAGGAGGUGGAGACGCACUUUUUACCCACACAUACAAAGAAGUCGCAUCCAUUAAUAGCAAGCAUUUGGACGUGUGGCAGGUGGAAUUUUCCCAGGCAGGAGAUUGCCUCCUCUCGUCCGGUGAUGACGGCGCGGUUCGAUUCUGGAAACGGUCCAUAUCUGGGAAAUGGCUAGAGUUUGCAGAAAUGGAUAUGACUGAUGAAUGAGGCCCUUGUACCGCAGGGCGUUGAACCUAUCAGACAGUAGCCAAUCAAACCUGUUCGCCUUACUUUUAUCUUUCCCAGGCUUUGGUUAUAUCUCCUCACAUCCAGAUUGAGGUUUCCGCUUCACCUUCGUUUUCGCUUUGAUUUUCGUUGGGAGUACGAGAUCUCUUGGGCAUCUGCAUCGGCAGCUAUUUUACCUUUCUUUCCUUUUUUUUCUCCAUAAGAUACCCCGUCAUAUAUUCUCUUGUUUUCGUGUCUUGGCUCUCAUGCAUCAUUAUGUGCUUUUAAAUAUGGAUAUAUAAUAGAGGGGGAGACAAUUCAGCGUCAAUCUCACAAUAAUAUAUUUUUUCUUUAUUCCAGGUGACGGAAUGAUGAAAUUACGGCUAAGGAGUCCACUGACAACAUGGGCAUUGAGCCGCAGCCUGUUUUUCAUCAGGCUUUGAUCUCAUAGAACAUCUCACAACGUUCUUCGCACAACGGUUAAAACAGCGCGACAAAAAAACUAACGCUAGAGGCUACCUAGGUACUUUCGGCCAAUAUUCAUACAAUCGAUACGGUAAUUAUCGGCAAUUUAGUUAUCAAGUCAUAUCUGUAAAGUCUCCGUUGUUAAACAGGUAGAUAUGUCAGGGCAGCAGGUGACUCCAAGUCGACCAUAUGCUAUGAACACACAAAGUGAGCAUAACGGUCGCGAAGCCAAAAAAUGCCCGUGGUUCACUCGAGUACGC